UUUGAUAGAUUUAAGCAUUCCAUGUUAGUAAGUAAACUUGCAUGCAACUUUUGGAGGGUGACUUGUAUGGGAAAUAUCGUACCUAACAUAAAUCGCGUUAAACUAUCAAAUUCCAUUUGUUAAAAUGAAAUAUUUUACAUGAGUCGUUAGUUUAGAUGUUGAUUGACCAAUUUACCUUUCGAUUGCUUAGAAAAAAUAUUUCCAUGCUUAAUGGCUGGCAGUCAAAAAAGCCCCAAAUCGCAUAUUUGGCCCUGUAAAUUGAGGUAUAGCUCAAUAUUCUGACGUGCUGGAACAAAUCUAAGCCCAGAUUCGGAUUCAGCGGCUCAAAAUCUGUUAGAGACACAUAAGUUUGCUCUUGAGACAAAAAUGUUGUACUGUGUAUUUGAAGUGUACUAUUCAAAAUUGGGGAGACUCGAUUUUUUAUCUUUAAAUUGAUUGUUUUCCGUACCUGUGUUUAUUGUUAUCGUGGUACGCUUGAAAUCAAAAAUCAAGUGAUAUAGAGUAUAAAAAUUUCAAAUUAGUUUUCGACAGUUUUGGACGUUUCAUUGUAUGAAGCUUAACCAAUGUGCAAUGAUAACCAACGCACAUUAAAUUGGCCACGUCUGGUUCAGCCAGUAAGUAAUCGUUCAAAAGCUGCAGCAAUUCGAUUGAAAAGUGUGGUUAGUUUGAUGUGGAAUUAUUUUAAGGUGAUUAGUGGAAAGAGGUGCAACAAAUUGAUUACGUGACAAUUAACGAACAAAGUAAUAAUACCUGAUUUAUUUAUUUGAAGAAAAAUAGAGAUUUGUAGUAAAUAUAAACCGGAUGAACAGUUAUAACAGCUAUAACAUUGAUCUGAUGGGCGCAAGAAAACAACAUUCAAAAACUGCUACCGGACGCUCAAAGUUUUUUUUCGCAGCUGUUUCGAUAACCCAAGUAAUCAAAGGCUUCCUAGUAACCUUGGAGCUGAACAUAUGUGUAUAUAGAACCAGUGAAGAGAAUUGUCAGACAAAAGAGGCACAAAACAAGCAACAAAGAAGGUGCGACGAUUACUCAUUAUCCCUACUGGUAACAGAUAAUGACAUGAUCUCGAAAUUUUUUGUUGCAGACAAAACGGAAGCUGAAUUUGUUGCGUACUUUUCAACUCGUGAAUAAUCAAUUAUUGCUAACCCAAAGUCGAAACUGUUUGAUGAUAGAGCUUCACCAGAGCUGCAGUGUUUACCGACUCGAAGUUACCGUUCGAAAAUCGCAAUGCAAGGCUUGAAAAUCUCUAAACUCGUGGUGUACGAUGUUAAUCCUAUUAUUUUCAAGUUGGGACAAACUUAUGUCGCAUGGGUUUGUUUGUCGCAACAAAUACAGGUUGCGACAUUGUCAUUAUUGUUGCGCGAUGGUUGAAUUUUGAUUCACUGUAUAGAACAUUAAAUUCAAUUUCAAGUAUAUUAGGGUGACGAAGGGUAUUAUCGGCAGGUUUGUCAUAGAGGGUUUUUGCCGGCCAAAUUGCUUGAUAGUUGGCCAUAUAAUUCAGCUUGGUUGGGAAAGAUGUGACGCCAACUUUGAGAUCAAAAGGUUUCAAAAAACAGCCCAUGACGAAGAGAAUAAAACUGCCGAGAAUACCCACAUCAAAAUGGAUUCAACAAAUAAUUCUCCCCUUCCUAUGCUAUUUACAUGGAGUGGAAGUCGCAACAGUCAUGGCAUCGAUUAUGAGAAAGAUCUUGCUCUCACGCUGUUCGUUGCUGCAUCCUUAGAGGAGCGUUCUUUCCGCCUCGCAACGGAGAUGAAUGUGGCCGGAAAGUUUGAUGACGCUGUGCUGAUAUUGGACGAUCGGAAGGAAGUAUGGUUCUUUCAAGCCAAGCAUAGUCAGACAUUGAAUGCCAAAAUUGAAUUUGAAGAGUUUUUUCCUUCAAGUCUCGAUGAGAACACUCAAUUUUCCCUACCAAUGUACAUUCAAUCGUUCCUGAAUGUUUCAGAACGAAGUGAGUUUAAAAAUUACAAAAAACGGUUUAUAAUCUACAGCAAUAAAUUAAUUGAUGCAAAUACUAGGGAUAAGCUAGAAGAGCUCGUGGACAUUCAAAACUGUGCUCUAAAUGAUUCAUUGGAGAAGAAAGUGUUUAUCAGAAGUAGUGAGAAAUUUGUACCAAAAUCAGAGCAAAUACCGGACCUACUAAACAAAAUAAACGAAUUACCUGUUGCCAUUAAGGAUGCUAUUAUUGACCUCCAGAAGACAGGAACGGUAAAAGGUAUCUUGCGUAAAUACACCACUCCUCUACGAUCCAUAUUGGAAAUAGACGGCUCGGUUCGGUUUUCAGAAACAUUUACCGAAAAUGAAGAUGAAAUCAAUCAACAAUGGCUAUGGAACGAACUUCAAACAUAUUUUUCAACUAAACGCCUAUCAGAAGUGGAAUUUCAUAAAAAGAUUGACAAACGCAUGUUGCAAAAUAAAUCCGGAGAAACAAGUUUUCCUCGGUUUAUCAAAGAAUCCGAUUUAAGAAGUUUUUUUGAUUGCCUUGUCAUAUGUACCGAUCAACCUGACAAACUUUUCCUGUUGAGAGACAGUAUUAUAGAAUCGUCUGUAGCGAAGUGGAUUCAUGAGAAAGACCGUGGCUUGUUUAGUGAUAGAACCAAAUUUCAUGCAAUAUUUGAAAAAGAAUUUGAUAUUUGGCACAUGGUUACAAACAUGGAUGGAAAUCAGAAACCUUUUUUGAGCAGUAACGAAGGAAACAAGUGUGUUCAUAUGGCUAAAGCAGAAGUGCGCAGAUCAUCACAAAAUAUUACAGAAGCAGAUUUUAGUAAUUAUGUAGAACGUAAGCUAAUUUUACAAAAUGGACAGGAAAUCACAGAAGAUGGAUUUAUUUCAAUUCUAGAGCAAUCGUCUUGUCGGAAUGAUUAUUAUAUACUAGUAGGUGAACCAGGCAUGGGAAAAACAACUUUCAUGAAAAGACUCACACAUUCGCUACAAACUGACUUUAACAAACACGUGUAUCUUAUUUGCUUAAGUAGAUUAUUCAAAAAUUACGAGGCAGUAAACGAUAUAUUCACACUUAUUAAAUCCGCUAUUUCAAAAUCAAUCCAACAGAUGAUUCAAAGGAGUUUGGAAAGUUGUCCACAACAGUGUUUCAUUCUACUUGAUGGUUUCGAUGAGAUUGAUAAUUCGUACCAAGGUUCAGCUAUCAAGCUUGUCAAGGAAACGUUCUGCAAAAAUAAUAUUCGAGUUUUCAUUAGUAGCAGAAAUCAUUUGAAAGAAACACUCGAAAAAGACUUGCAAGCUAAGGCAUUAAAUCUCGUUCCGUUAGAUGAGGAUGAGCAACUGCUGUUGUUGAGAAACUACUGGGACAUUAGCUCUGGAAUCAAUGAGAAAGAUUUUGAUCGAUUUCAAAGAUUUGCAAAUCACUUGCUCGAGACAUUACAUGAUAACAUUCGGUCUGCUUAUUUCCGCUUUACUGGCCUCCCACUGAUGAUUCGAAUGCUAGCAGAAGUCUACAAGAAAAAAUUUGAAGAAUACUGGAAAUCAUCAAAUGGAAAUAUUUCCGAAAUAUUAGAUUCAAAAACCAGAUUCAGUGUGUUGCAUUUGUAUGAAAAUUUCGUCAACAUAUCGUUCAAUAUAUUCGUGAAGAAAAUAAAUAACGAAGAAGGUUACGCAACAGUUGACUCAAACAUUAUAAAAUUUUUCAAAAACAAUUUGGACAAAUUUUAUCGUGCGCACCAGCUAAUUGCUAUUAAUCAGUUGAACACUCCUGAAUUGGGAAAUUCGUUAAGCAAUGACGAUUCUGCAACAACUCUGGAAAACAUGCAACAAAUCCUGGACAAUGGAGAAAAGUCGUUAUUAAUCAAUGUUUCAAAUGAGAAUCAGUUGGAAUUCAUUCACUUAUCGUUUGCUGAAUAUUUUCUUACGAAAUUUUUGUAUGAACGUUCGUCAGAAUGUGAAUCGGUCUUGUUCGAAAUUUUGGAUAAGCACGUUGUAGUUCGAUCCUUUUUCUUUUCGAUGGUCGAGGAAAAUUGGGAGAAGAGUUCGUUGCAAAUGAACACAAUCAACAGAAUUUGUCACAAUGAUAAUCCUGAAAUAAUGUACUUAGCUUGUUCUGAUGGUUACGAAUCAAUUUUGAAAGAGCUCCUGAACCACCAUGAAUCUAAAGUAAUAUUCUGGUCAUUCAAAUGUAGUACACUCCUGCAUGCUGCUGUUAAAUCAAGAAGAGAAAAUAUUCUAAAGUUAGUUCUUUGUGAAUAUCAAGCAACCAAUAGUACAACUAAUACCUAUGAAACUAAAAUAAACAUAAAUACUCCAGAUUCAUGGGGAGCUUUACCUAUCCAUUACGCUGUAUCUGAUGAGAAUAAAUCAUUUGUAAGAAUGCUUGCACAACAUGGUGCCGACCAGAAUAUCAAUGCACAAGACUUUGGGGGAGAAACUCCUCUACAUUAUGCUGCCCAAAAGGGUGAUUGGGAAAUGAUCAAGAUGUUAACAACUGAGUAUGCAGCAAACCCAAAUAUUCGUGAUUAUAAAGGACAAACUAUUCUGCACAUUGCGGCUUCAAAACGUGACUUAAAUGCUGUAAUGAUGAUGAUUGAAAAACUGUCAUGUGAUGUCAACGAGAAAGAUCAACGUGGUAACACUUCGCUUCAUUGUGCUGCAUAUCAUAAUGCGUGGGGAAUUGUUAGGAUGUUAAUUGAAAAAUAUAAUGCUGACUACACAAUUGCCAAUAAAGAUGGGUUAACUCUCUUGCAUCUGGUAGCCAUAAAAGGUAAUAUUGAUAUUGCAAAGAUGCUUAUAGAUAACUAUACGAUUGAUAUCAAUGCACAAGACAACGAUGGAAAUACUCCUCUUCAUCUUGCUGCCCGAAAUAAUAAGUGGGAGAUGGUCAAAAUGUUGAUUGUCACAUAUUCCGUGGACUACAAAAUCGCCAAUAAUCACGAAGCAACUCUCAUCCAUUAUGCGGCCGCAGGAGGUAAUAUGGAUAUUGUAAAUAUGCUUAUAGAUGACUAUGCGACUGAUGUAAAUACGCAAGACAGCAAUGGAAACACUCCCCUUCAUCUAGCUGCCCUUUACGGUAAACGGGAAAUGGUCAACAUGUUAAUUGACAAAUAUAACGCUGACUACAAAAUCGCUAACAAAGAUGGACAAACUCUUUUCCAUUCGGCGGCCAAAGAAGGAAAUAUGGAAAUUGUAAAUAUGCUUCUGAAUGACUAUGCGACUGAUUUCAACAUGCAAGACAGGAAUGGAAAUACUCCUCUUCAUAUUGCUGCCAUGCACUAUAGGUGGGAAAUAAUCAAGAUGUUGAUUGACAAAUAUUUCAAAUAUUCGGCAGAUUCCAACAUUGCCAAUAACCAAGGAGAAACUGUCAUCCAUUAUGCCGCCGAAGGAGGUAAUGUGGAAAUUGUCGCUAUUCUUUUAGAUGAAUAUGCGGCGGAUGUAAACGCGCAAGACAACGAUGGAAAUACUCCUCUUCAUUUUGCUUUGUUUUACGGUAAACAUGAAAUGGUCAAAAUGUUGAUUGACAAAUAUAACGCUGACUACAAAAUUGCCAAUAGAGACGGGCAAACUCUUAUUCAUAUAGCAGCUAAAAGAGGUAGAAGAGAAAUUCUAAGGAUGCUUAUGGAUAAUUAUGUGACGGAUUUCAAUGGGCAAGAUAGCAAUGGAAAUACUCCUCUUUAUCUUGCAGCUAUAAACUAUUGGUGGGAAAUAGUCAAGAUGCUGAUUAGCAAAGAUAUCAAACAUUCAUCUGAUUACAAAAUUGUCAACAAUCAUGGACGAACUCUUAUCCAUUUAGCAGCUAAUGGAGGUAACACAGAAACUCUUGAGAUGCUUAUGGAUGACCAUGCGUCUAAUGUCAAUGCGCAAGACAGCAAUGGAAAUACUCCUCUUCAUCUUGCUGUCCCUAACGGUAAACGGGAAAUGGUCAAGAUGUUAUUCGACAAAUAUAAAGCUGACUACAAAAUUGCCAAUAAAAACGGACAAACUCUCAUCCAUUAUGCGGCCGCUGGAGAUAAUAAGGAAAUUGUAAAGAUGCUUAUAGAUGAGUAUGCAACUGAUGUGAACGAGCAAGAUAAUGAUGGAAAUACUCCUCUCCAUUUUGCUGUUUUAUAUGAUAAACGAGAAAUGGUUAUGAUGUUAAUGGACAAAUAUUACGCUGACUGCAAAAUUGCUAACAAAGAUGGACAAAUUCUUACCCAUUUAGCUGCCAAAAGAGGUAAUAUGGAAACUAUGAAAAUGCUUAUAGAUAACUAUGCGAUUGAUGUCAAUGCACAAGACAACGACGGAAAUACUCCUCUUCAUCUUGCUGCCCAAAAUUAUAUGUGGGGGUUGGUGAAAAUGUUGAUUGUUACAUAUUCUGUAGACUACAAAAUUGUCAAUAAACACGGAAUAACUCCCAUCGAUUUGGCAGCCCAAAGAAAUAACAUGGAAAUUGUAAAGAUGCUAUUAGAUAUCCAAGCAACUGAUCCCAAGUAACAUUUACCGAGCUCAUUGGAUAGAAUUUAGUUUUAUGAGCGAUUUAUAAUGGUAAUCGACCAGCGACGGAUUCAUAUCGUCGCACUCAAAUAGGUGCAAAAUUGACAAUAUCUAAAAUAUUUCCUACCAUGGACGGUUCUUCAAUGGCCUGUAGAUGUAGAAGAAAAAUUGUAUUUGGCGAAUGGCGAUAGAAUAGAACUUACUUCGCUUUCUGAAUUCGAAAUUAUUCAUACAAAAUUUGUUUUAAAUACUCCGACAGGAGUAGAGCAAACAUGCACGGGGAUUACCCCAAUGUAUCCAAAUGGACUGUAAAAAUCUAAAUUCAAACGGGCAUGCAUGUCGUGCAUCCAACAACGCCAAUGAAAUGCAUGUCGACAUAUUGUUGGCCGAUCAUAAACCACAUGGACUAGCACCACGUUAGUGCUGAGU